UCGUUUAUCCGUGCCAAGCCAAUUAACGAUCACGUUAAGAAGAGAACAAAAAUAUCUGCAAUUAAUCUACGUCCGGCUGCAGCCACAAAGCAAAACCACGGCCUUUGAGGCGCAGCCCACAGCAACCACCAGCCAUCCCAGCCGACACCACCUAAUUAUUAUUUUUUCCGUAUUUCCAAAAUAAUAAAAUCAAAAAGGAAAAAAAAUGACGUCAAUAGUUACAUGACCCGUCCACCAGAACCAGAUCCAAUCGAACGGACCCCAUUUUCCUCUUUCACACGUUUCGACCUCAAGCCCCUCCUCCGAGGCCUCUAUAAAUCUUAACCCAAUGCACCUUCCCUCCGCCUUCAAUCCAAUAGAGAAACAAACAAAAUCACACCAGUAGAAAUUUUUUCUUUGUAAAGAAAGAAGUCACUAAAAAGUGUUCUCCAUUUCUUCCAAUUAAGCUCCUUUCUAGUCUCCAAUGGCGGCCUCAGUCGACAACCGCCAGUUCCACCUCGAAUCACCCUUAAACGGCGUCGUUCGCACCUUCAAACCAGGUCCAACUCACCGUUCUGACUCUCCCGUUCGAACCUUCAACUUCACUCAAGAUUUCACCAGCUCCAACCAGACACCGGAUCCUACAAUGGAGGAAGAUUCCUCCAGCGACGACGAAGCUGACUAUAAGGAUCUAAUCUCCAAGGGCAACAGCGAGUUAGAGCCAUCGAUUCUCGACCCGCGAGACGAAGGAACCGCCGAUAACUGGGUGGAGCGUAAUCCUUCAAUGAUCCGCCUCACAGGGAAACACCCCUUCAACUGUGAAGCGCCCUUGUCCAGGCUAAUGCAACACGGGUUCAUAACCCCAGUCCCGCUCCACUAUGUCCGCAACCACGGUCCGGUUCCUAAGGUGAGUUGGAAGGACUGGACCGUUGAGAUUAGCGGGUUGGUUAAAAAACCAACCCGGUUCACCAUGAACCAGCUGGCGAACGAGUUCCCUAGCCGAGAAUUCCCAGUGACCCUGGUUUGCGCGGGCAAUAGACGAAAAGAACAAAAUAUGGUGAAACAAACCAUCGGUUUUAACUGGGGAGCAGCAGGAGUGUCGACUUCAGUGUGGCGCGGUGUACCGUUACAUUUGGUGCUGAAGCGGUGUGGAAUCUACAGCUGCAAGAAGGGGGCCCUCAACGUUUGCUUUGAAGGGGCGGAGGAUCUGCCAGGUGGAGGUGGGACCAAGUACGGGACCAGCAUCAAGAAAGAGUAUGCUAUGGAUCCAUCGCGUGAUAUAAUCCUGGCCUACAUGCAAAACGGUGAUAUUUUGGCUCCUGACCAUGGAUUCCCUGUGAGGAUGAUUAUUCCAGGGUUCAUCGGUGGGCGUAUGGUUAAAUGGUUAAAGAGAAUUAUCGUUACCACCAAUGAAUCAGACAACUACUAUCAUUACAAGGACAACAGAGUUCUACCCUCCCAUGUUGAUGCUGAGCUUGCUAAUGCUGAAGCAUGGUGGUAUAAACCGGAGUAUAUAAUCAAUGAGUUAAAUAUAAAUUCUGUGAUAACGACACCGUCUCAUGAAGAGAUCUUGCCAAUUAAUCCGUGGACAACUCAGAGGCCGUACACGUUGAAGGGUUACGCAUAUUCCGGUGGUGGGAAAAAAGUGACGCGUGUCGAAGUGACUAUGGAUGGUGGGGAAACGUGGCAAGUCUGCACCUUGGACCAUCCUGAGAAGCCUAACAAGUAUGGCAAAUAUUGGUGCUGGUGCUUCUGGUCCCUGGAUGUGGAGGUUCUCAACCUACUUGGAGCCAAAGAGAUUUCGGUUCGAGCCUGGGAUCAGGCCCUCAGCACCCAACCCGAGAAGCUCAUUUGGAAUGUCAUGGGAAUGAUGAACAAUUGCUGGUUCCGGGUGAAAACAAAUGUAUGCAAGAGACACAAGGGUGAGAUUGGAAUUGUGUUCGAGCAUCCUACCGUACCGGCCAACCAGUCCGGCGGAUGGAUGGCCAAGGAAAGACAUCUUGAGAUAUCAUCGGAAAGCAACCAAACACUCAAGAAAAGCGUCUCAACACCCUUCAUGAACACUUCGUCAAAGACCUUCUCCAUGGCUGACGUCAAGAAACACAACUCCGCCGACUCUUCCUGGAUUAUCGUCCAUGGCCACGUCUACGACUGUACCCGUUUCCUUAAAGAUCACCCCGGCGGAACUGACAGCAUUCUGAUCAAUGCAGGCACCGAUUGCACUGAAGAAUUCGACGCCAUACACUCCGAUAAAGCCAAGAAAAUGCUUGAGGAUUAUCGAAUUGGCGAGCUAGUGGAUUCUACAGCUUGUACUUCUGAUUCGAACGCCUCGUCUCCUAACAACUCGGUGCACGGUGCAUCCAAUAUGCCACUAACACGUUUAGCUCCUGUUAAGGAAACCGCACCGAUCAAAGAAAUUGUGCCGGCUGUGAGAAAUGUUGCCCUUGUUCCACGUGAAAAAAUCCCAUGCAAGCUCGUGAAAAAGGAAUCUCUUUCCCACGACGUGCGUCUCUUUCGAUUUGCAUUACCAUCAGAGGAUCAAGUGUUAGGGUUGCCUGUAGGGAAGCACAUAUUCUUGUGUGCUACGAUUGAUGAAAAGCUGUGCAUGCGAGCCUACACGCCAACAAGCACCAUCGAUGUUGUGGGGUACUUUGAUCUUGUGAUCAAGAUUUACUUCAAAGGUGUGCACCCCAAGUUCCCCAAUGGAGGGCUAAUGUCUCAGCACCUUGACUCUCUACCACUGGGGUCUAUAGUAGACGUUAAAGGUCCACUGGGUCACGUUGAGUAUACUGGGACAGGCAAUUUCUUGGUACAUGGGAAACCCAAGUUCGCCAAGAGGCUAACCAUGCUCGCUGGUGGGACAGGCAUCACUCCUAUUUAUCAAGUAAUUCAAGCCAUUUUGAAGGACCCUGAGGACGAGACAGAUAUGUAUGUGGUCUACGCGAACCGCACAGAGGAUGAUAUCUUGUUAAGAGACGAGCUUGACUCUUGGGCCAAGCAACAUGGUGACAGGUUAAAGGUGUGGUAUGUGGUUCAAGAAUCUAUCAAGGAAGGGUGGCAAUAUAGUGUGGGGUUCGUCACUGAGAGUAUCCUGAGGGAGCGUGUCCCCGAAGGAUCUGACGAUACUCUGGCGUUGGCGUGCGGGCCUCCACCGAUGAUCCAGUUUGCGGUGCAGCCAAAUUUGGAUAAGCUGAAUUAUGAUAUCAAGAAUUCCUUGCUAGUCUUCUAGACGAAAGGGAUUCUUAGAAUAAUUUGAGAUUGUGUAAUAAUAAUAUAAUUAUCAAUACCCUUUCUUGUAUCUGUUUUUUAAUUUCUUUAAUAAGUUGUCUAGGGCAUUUUCUUUUUCUUUUUCUUUUUCUAUCAUAAAUGAAAAGGAAAAGGAAAAGGAAAAGAAAAUUACUGAAGAGUUGGGCAGAGCUAGCAUUUCUCUUUAUGGAGCAUACAAUUGUGGGAGGCAAAGGUCAAUAGCAGUACUACAAAUUGCUCUUUGUACGUAAAUUGUACAUUAUUUUCAGUAAAUUUCAUUUCUUCUUCUGCA